AAGAAAUUAAGCGGAUCCCAGCAGGAAGGAGCCGAUGGAGCCAAGGUUAAGACAGAAUCUGCUGCAGCCGAACCAUCGGGUCCUUUGCAGAGACAUUCCGAGUUAUUCAAGGGGCAAUGACUGAAGAGUAUGUGAGAAGUACCCAGGGUGUUUUCCAGUUUGAGCUGUCUGGUGACGGUGGAGGCACUUGGUACAUUGACCUGAAGACCAAGGGCGGGAGCGCUGGCUUCGGAAAGCCUCCAGUGACAGCUGACGUGGUCAUGAGCAUGUCGAGCGCCGACUUUGUGAAAAUGUUCACAGGUGAGGGACAGAGGCCUUUGCCAAGGGACGCAGGUACCGGGCCCAGAAAAGCCUCUGCUGACGGGCAGUAGAGCAGCUGCUCACUU